UCCCUCUCUCUCUCUCUCAACAACCACCACAACCACACCAGAGCUUCACUGAGCCAACAAUGGCGUCUCCCUCUUCUCCUCCUCCUUCUCCUUCUUCUUCCUCUUCUUCUUCUUCUUCUUCCUCUUCUUGCUCCCCUUCCCACGUCGUCUUCUACUUCACCCUCGCCCUCGUCCUCGGCGGCUUUUCAAUCACCGUCAGCUACGGCUCCGACUCCGACUCCACACCCGCCGCUCAAUCCCCCCAAGCCGCCGUCAGCCACUUCAUCUCCCUCAGCGCCUCCAGAACCCUCCGCACCUCCGGCUUCACCGUCACGGCGGCGCUCCUCCAGAUCUCGCCGGAGCUCUUCCUCUCCUCCCCGAACUCCACCAUCUUCGCCAUCGCCGAUUCCCACAUCUCCAACGCCUCUCUCUCCCCUCACCUCCUCAAGAGCCUCCUCCGCUACCACACCUCGCCGCUCAGGGCCUCCCUCGACGACCUCCUCAACGCUCCCCAAGGCUCCUGCUUGCCCACUCUCUACCGGAACAAGAGCCUCUCCGUCACCAAAACCGAUCGCCGAAAUCGGACGGUCCACAUCAACCGCGUCUUCAUCUCGCACCCGAAUCUCUUCCAAGAAGGUUCCAUUUCCAUCCACGGCGUUCCUCGCCCCUUCGCCGCUGUCGACGCCGAGUAUGACGUCAUCCAGACGCCGGAAUGCGACGACGAUUUUGGUGUCGUUUCUGGCGGAUUGAAGAAGAUGAAGAACAAGAAGAGGAGCAAUGUGGAGUGGGCGAGGGUAGUGAGGGUGCUGAGCUCCAAGGGGUUUGUGUCGUUUGCGAUUGGGCUGCAUUCUGUUCUUGAUAAGCUCCUUGAAGAUGAGUGGAACGUGAGCUCUGUCACGAUCUUUGUGCCGCCGAGAUUGGAGCUUGAAGGCGGUCGUCACUAUCCCAAGGCUUUGCUUGAGGAGGUGGUGAGGUUUCACAUUGUGCCUCAGAGGCUUACACACAAGGACCUUAUGGCUCUGCCUGCAAGGACUCUGCUAACGACUUUGGUGCGUGGUGAUGAUCAGCCUCUUGAGGUCACCGGGGUUGUGAGCUUCGUGCGGGAAUUGGUCAUCGAUGGAGUGAGGAUCGUGGCCCCGGACGCCUUUGUUUCGAAGAGCUUUGUUGUUCAUGGGAUUUCGCGAGCUUUCGAGGUGAAUGAUCUGCCUGCUACCCAGUAAAGAGUAGAUUUGCUUGUAGCUCUUAAGCUCUAGAGUAGUAUCAGGGUGUUGUUGUUCAUGUUAGGUUUGUUGUUUGAAGAAUAUAUGCUGUGAAGGCUGUGAUGGA